CUUAAACUUUAUAGUAAAAUAAAUAAAUCGAAAUGUUGAAAAUUGUGAAUUUUAUAUUUCCUGUAUUAAUAGUGAUAAUGAUAGUAUUGACAACACUUACUCUUACGACAUUGCCGUACGAGUUUACAGCCAAAAAGUCAAGUUUACUACCAACUGUCGGUAAAAAACAAUCGCCGGCAGUCAAAGCUUUAAACGAUUACGACGCGACGGUAGAACGUGUCAAAAGAUCACUAGUCAACCUAAAAACAAGAACCAACUCCUACGAAAUGGUACCUAAGAAAAUUAAUAAUGAUACUAAUUUUGUUCUCGGUUUCAAUGAUUUCUUCGAGAAUGUUGAAAGUUACAAUAGUGAAAUUGAAUUGCUUGUAACAAGUAUUGAAUACCUUUACAAUAAUCCAAAGAAAAAUACUGUAUAUUUUCCACUAAUCAAUACCCAGGUUAGAAAUUUAGUCGAUCAGUUAUCGACUGCAGAUUUAACUGUCGGUAAAACUGUUGAAAAAAUUACCGAUCAACGUAACGACAUGCAGCACUUCGCAAUGAAAUUAUUUGCGAUGUACAUUUAUUUCGGUGAAGAUAAAUCGAUAAAAGACAAAUGUCGCCGUGAGAUAUUACGAUUUAUACCAGCAGUCAAUAAAUUUGCUAAUCAAACUAUAACUGACCAACAAGAUAUCUUCAGACUAACAGGGCUCAGAUUAUUGGCAAAUUACGGUUACAAUAAUGAUAAUUUUAAGAAGGAUUUCCAUAAUCCCAUAGUUCAAUCUGCUGUUGAGAAUUCCCUUGAUUUAGACACAAGUAAAACUGAUGUUUUUGAAGAGAAAUGCCUGUAUGACGACGACUCUUAUUUGGCUCAAAAAUAUCUUGUCGACUAUACUGAGCUUUUAGUUAGUGCCUCGAUGUUCGAGAGGGCACUGAUGGGAUUUAAGUACCCGUCAGCUAAAUUUAAACGUAUUGAGGUUAUUUUGACUAAAAUGCUGCAUCCAACGAUUCCCUAUUUGCCAUUUGGAGUCUUCGGCUUUACCGGCAACCGAUAUAAUUCUAUCAACGACUUUGGGUGGGAUGUCAAAGGAAAGCUGGGCGUCUAUACAUUUCCGUUUAUCGGUCUCGGAGUCUUCAAAACAGAAAAAUUUAUGUUUUCACUCCGCGUACAGAGACAUGGUAUACCGAUUUCGCCGGCUGAGGAAGACAAUGACGCGAAAUUGUCUCUCGGUUGGCUACAGAUGCGUAAAAUUUACGUCAAUGGUUACUCGUACGACCGGGAACUGACUUGGGAUAAGUUGAAAAAUGAGCCUGGUGUGCUUACGAAUGAUGAAGAACAUUACGACAGUAUACCAGAGGAUUUUUUCGGUUCUUAUAAGUGCGAGAAUAUUGACUCAUUCAUUGGACAGUUGACGAAACACAAACUGAUGUUUUGGGGAAAUACUUAUAACUUUAGAAUGUUUUAUGGCGAGUGUACUGUCAAAGAAGCCGGCGUCGUUACCAAUAAUGGCGCCCAGAUAAGUUAUUCAAUUAAAAAUAAGACAGAUAAACUUCUUAAAUUUUGUUGGAAGGACGAAUACACGGGAUAUUCUGAGCACAAAGUUACUGGUGCCUACACAGAAGGUAAUUUCGUUUCGGUACUUCCAAAAGGCGAAGAUGAAAGGGACAGACUAACUAAGUUUACCCUACACAUGAUGAUUAAUGGUAAGGAAGAUUAUAAAGUUACUAUUGGAAGUUCUGAGACCGCAAUCUUAAGCUUCAAUUAUGCUGGAGAAUUUUAUAACGUAGAACGUUCGUCUAGAUCUAGCGAAAUUUUUAUAUGUUCAGCUAAAGUUAACAAUCUAUCAGAACCAUCCUACGUAAUUGCUGGUAGUUCAAGUAGCAUCGUUAACAAAACGAUAGAAUUGGAAGGUGUCCAAUACCCACGUGAUAAAGAAACUCUUAUGUAUAUAAUUAAGCCGGAAUAAGGAUUAUUAUUAAUGAAAUUUUUAUGCUGACAAUUCGGUUAAAACUUGAAGAAUUUGUAACUAUUUUCAAUACUUUGUACUUGUUGACAUUUAUUU